ACCAAGCACAGAAGUUUCCCCAAACCCUUUCGCGUUCUCCUCUCGGGCUAAGGAAGCAGGCGGCGGCGAUGGCGACGGUGGACGGGCUCCACGGGGACGCGGUCGUUGACGAUCUCCUUUCUAGCGGCGGCGACCUCCAGUCCUUCUUUGACCAGUUGUUGCAGGGGCUGGAGGCGGCGGCUGGCGGAGGAGGAGCUCGAGUGGUUGUCCAACAAGGACGCGUUCCCGGCGUUGGAGGAGAUGGACCUGGAGCCAGCGGUGAUGGGGGGCCGUCGGGCCCAGGAGGAGCUCGAGUCGCUGCCCAACAAGGACGCAUUCCCGAUGGUGGAGGAGAUGGAGCAGGAACCAGCGGUGAUGGGGCCUCGGACGAAGGUGGUGCGCCGGCGGCGCGGGGCGAUGUCGGCUAGGCCGGGGCAGCGGCGGUGCAGGCACUGCGGGACGACGAAGACGCCGCAGUGGCACAGGGGACCAGCGGGCUGCCGCACCUUGUGCAACGCGUGUGGCGUGCGGUACAAGAGGGAACGCCCGGAGCAUGCACCCUCUGAUCAGGCAGUACGCGUUUUCCGCAUGCUGUUCCUUUUGGUCAGGGAAUUUGGGUUGCUUGGUAGGGAAAAUGGAGGUAAUGUUUGGCCCUUGCAGGGACUGGAGGUUGGCGGCGGCGAGGCAUUGGGGACUGUGGAGCCGGAGCCGCCGGAGUUGGGGUCUCAGACGAAGAGGGUGGUGCGCCAGCGACGGACUUUGGCGUGGCCUCCGACUCCGACAGCGGCUGAGCCGGAGCAGCAGUGGUGCCAGCACUGCGGGAAGAUGAAGAAGCCGCAAUGGCGCGAGGGGGCGGCUGCGGAGGAGGAGCGGGAGUGGCUGCCGAACAAGAACGUCCCGGCGGUGGAGACAAUGGAGCCGAAGCCGUCGGUGGUGGCGCCUCGGACGGAGGGGGCGGCGCGACGUGCAGUGGCGUCGCCGGCGCUUUCUGACCUGGGGCAGCGGCUGUGCCGGCACUGUGGGACGGCGGAGACGCCGCAAUGGCGCCAGGGACCGGAGGGCCGCAAGACGCUGUGCAAUGCGUGCGGCAUGCGGUACCGGGCCGGCCGCCUGGUGCCGGAGUACCGGCCGCUGCGCAGCCCCACUUUCUCCCCGGAGCUGCACUCCAACAGGCACAGCCGCGUCGCCCAGAUGCGCCCUGCCGGGGCUCCUCAUCCACUGCCGCCGGACAAGUGAAGUGUUGACAAUGGUUUCUGCCGUUUGGAGAUUUAUUUAUGUUUUUGGUUUAAAGACGUACUGCUCUAUCUACACUUCAUUAGCACAAAAUGAUUUAGAAUAAGCAGUAGGAGUACCUUGGUUUUGGUGGUAAAGGGCAUCCAGUUUUUGGUGGUUCUUUGCUUUUAUGGUCAAUGUUCCAAUAAGCAGGAACUUGCUUGAUCUUUGUCAACUUACGCUUCACAUUAUUUAUGUGUUUCUGUUGCAAUUAAGUAGACAUGAGAUGCAUGAUGUGCUUUAGACCUUUAGUGCUUCUUGUUAUAGCGCUAAUGGUUUGAGACAAAUCUCAAACUUCAUGUUUAGAUAAAUACCUUUGUGGCCUUUGAGUUCCAGGGAUAAACAGUUCCGAUAGAGGAAUUUUAAGACAUACAUUG